GGCCUCAGCGGCGGCAGAAGGAGCAGCCGAGCCCGCUACCUCAGCUCCUCGUGAGGGAGGAGAAGAGCUCCCGGCACUUCCUGCGGACACGUUGGCUGAUUCAGGAGAGCACAGCAAAGAAAUCCUCAAGGAAAGCAGCGGCUCAAGGGAUGUCUCUGAAGCUGAAGCCGAGCCACAGACGCCGGAGGCUUCAGAGGUGAUCUAUGAUGACGUUCCGAGUGAGGACCCCCUCUCUCCCGACGACGAUUUGAUCUAUGAGGACGUCCAGAGAGAGAGCCGCCCUGCGGGUGCAGACAACGGGUGGAGCUCCAGCGAGUUCGAGAGCUAUGACGAGCAGUCUGAUAACGAGGCCAAACAACCAACACGGAGCAAGCUCUCCCCUGAAGUGCGUCGUCUGAGGGAUCGGUGUGCCAAGACAAAACGUGAUCUGGCCCAGAGGCUGUCUGGCAAGCACAACUAUGACGUCAAGGUCCAGCAGCUCAUGAAGGCGGCGAGAAGCGGGACGAAGGGUGGGCUCGAGAAGACCAAAAUAGCCGUCAUGCGGAAAGUUAACUUCCUGCAGAAAAAAGACCAACCGGAAGAGGAGGACGAUGCCGGGUACCUGGAUGUGGCUGUGUCAGAAGAGAAGCAUCCGCCCCCACAGCUGAGCCCCAUGCCGGAGGGGCUGACCAACCACCAG